CUUGCCCAUGCUUUCUUCACUGGCUCUGACAGAACUGAAUUAGCCCUAACUCAGUCAUCACUGACUCCCAAUAGAGUGAAGGCUAGAAUUUAUGACCAUGGAAACCACCGCUGGAGAAAACCCAUCAUUGAAGAAGAACAUGACCCAAAGCCCAUCAAUUGAAUCUAAUGGUAACAGUGAUGUUGAUAAAGUUCUUGGUUCACUUGAGAGCAAGAGGAAGAGGAAAGGAUACUUACCAAUGGAAUCUGUGAAAAUCCUCUGCGACUGGUUGUAUGGGCACCGGUUCAAGUCUUAUCCCGCAGAAGCAGAGAAACGAAUGCUGUCAGAGAAAACCAGGUUGUCUUUCCUGCAGAUCUCUAAUUGGUUCAUUAAUGCUCACAGGCGUGUUCUUCCUCUAAUGCUUCAACAAGAUGAAAGUGAGCUACAUGACCAAAAAGUCAAGGUUGUGGGUGCAAGCCACCAGCAGAAUACUAAUCCACUUAUGCAGAUCAUAUCAGAGCCUAGAACACUAGAAAAGGUGCAAGACCUAAUCCUGAAUCCCUUGCCAACGGACAUGAAGACAGAAAAGAUGCUAGAUCCAGAAUUGACCCCAGAGCCGAAGAUCCAGCCAGAGACAAAAGUCAACAUUUCUACCAGUAAGUCCUUGCUUAUGUCUUCUUUCAAUCCCAUGUCUACAGAAGAGUAUAAGGACUUCAGCAGUUUCCAACUACUUGUGGAUGCAGCUGUGCAAAAGGCUGCUGAAAUGGAGCUCCAGAAAAAGCAAGGGUUGAUUUUUUGAAAGCAUGAUUUCACAUUUUCUCUAUCAACAAAAUUGCAGUUUUGCCUUCUUUUAUAGAAACAUCCUCCUCCUGGAAGCUCCAUGAAAAUCAUUACUUGGGACUGAAUUUUGCCAAAAA